CAACGACCACGUCCCUGACUGCGACGACCGCGUCGCAGCGGACAGCGGCGGCGAUGGUGGAGGCCGUCGUGGAUAGCUUCCAGAAGCCGUGGCAGUCGUUGUCGGGCGAGUCGUUGGUGCAACUAGAGCAAGAAGAGCUGCAGCAGCAGGUGAUGAAACAGUCAUUGAAAAAGCCGCCACAACAGCAGCAGCAGCUGCUGCACAUGCUGCAGUCACCACUUCAAGAGUCCCGGGAGCAGCAGCAGGAGCUGCAACAGCAACAACAGCAGGAGGAGGAGCUGCAACAGAUUUUGAGAGAUUUGCUGAUGGAACAGACAACACAGCAGGGCGGUGUGCUGCAGGACAGGCUGAGAUUGCUGGAUGUCGGAGAGGCCUUACUGCGACUGAUGCCGCAGGAGCAGGCAGACCGCCUGGAUGACAUCCUCAGAGGCUAUGGACUGCUGUCGGCCGACGGCCAGUGCUUCGCCUUCGCGAACGUUUCGUGGACCGAUUGCAAUAAUUUGAUCCGGCGCCGCGUCGUAAGGAGGAGCGCCGAGUCACGUGCCAGUGGUGAGCGAGUGCCCAUUGGGGCGCUCGUGGUGGCGUCGCCGUCCACGUUACGUCCCACCCACGUCGACAACAGCGGGCUUCUCUUCUCCGAUGAAGCCGACCGACCCUCCACCGGCAGCGACGACUUAAGGUCGUGGAAUCACACUGUGAAAUCGUAAUUUAACGCGCGCCUAAGGUGG